CUUGAUUCUUCAUCGAUUCAUUCAUGGCAGCAGCACCAGGGGGGCUUCCGGACCGCCGCCUCGUCCACCACAUCCUCGUCUCCGAGUUUGACAUUGACAAGGGCAGUGGGCUGGCACACCAGUACCCAACCCCGACCGGAGCCAGCGAGAGUCUACUCGCCGAGCUCAUGUUGCCUGACGGCGUGCACAACCGCGAGGAGGACUGGACCAUUUUCUUCUUGAACCAGACUGCGCCCGAGCAUGAUUCGGCAAAGGGCAGCAAGUCAAUGCCAUCGGACAACAAGACCCCGGCUGUGACAUCGUUGGACGCCUUCGUCUAUGAAUUUACCGAGGCAACUCAAGGGUGGUCGCAACUUGGCACCGACACCAUGAAGGUGUACUUGGAGCGCAAUGCGUUGCGUAUCGCUGGUCCGGACUUUUCCAAAUCCCUACCGCGCGAUGUGGAAUUGCAACAUCAGAGCAUGGAGCCGUUGUUUCAUUGUGUGAUUGUUGGUGAAGCCGCUUUCGGCUUUCGCUUUGCCGACCAGGUUGCUGAACUCACAUUCGAGACGCAUUGCGAAGAGUUGCGCAAAGAAACACCCUCUGAAGUUUUCGAACCACCAUCGCCAGCGCCUGCACCGGUGGUGGUGCCUUCCACCGAGAAAUCUUCCGACAAGCCCUUCCUGUACGUCUUGAACGUCAUUCGCAACAAGCGUGUCGAGAAUGUGCGACGUGGUGCUGUCGUCAAAGCCCUUGCCAUCUGCACACCCUAUCGAUGGCUGCAUGUCUUCAAGCCCGUUCUGUUGCUGGCUGUGGAUCGCUACUUUAAAACCUCUGAUGUGUCGGUGCUUGCCGAGUUGUACGAUGCCAUCAACGCUAUGGACGUUUCCGGCAUGCCAGAUCUGACCCAGGCGCAAAAGCUCAUGUUGCGCUCGGGCGGUGACAAGGAGAAGCAAAUUUUCACCACCAGCAUCCCCUACAUGAAGAUUAACAUUCCUGUUCGCAUUCCCAUGACCACGCUGGACGAUGAAGUUGCUGAUGGAUCGGUGAGCAAGCUCGUCACCACCUUUGCUCCUGGAUUCAUGACGCUCUACAACGCCCUCUUGCUUGAAAAGCGCGUCAUCUUUGUCGGGUACAACCGGUCUGCCAGCGAGGUUGUCAACCUUGUACUCGCUGCCUGCCAGCUGAUCUGCCCUCCAAUCAGUGGGCUCAUCAAACGAUGCUUCCCGUACACAAACUUGUCCAACAUGACGUUCUUGGAAUUCCGAAACUAUGGCUACUUGGUGGGUGUGACGAAUCCAAUCUUCCGCGACAACACCGAGUGGUGGGACGUCCUUUGCAACCUCGAAACGGGCAAAGUGAUUCACAAUCCCAAGUUUCUGCCUCCGCCUGAAACCGAGCGACAUGCAGCCAGUGAUGCAGAGUUCCUUGCAGAUGUGCUGGCCAAGAUUGAAGGGCAUGUCGCUGAGGAAUCCAUCCGACAACUCUUUACCGACUAUACACAACGAAUCAUGGACCUCGCUCUGAAUGAUGCCGAAUUUCCGGAUGAGAUUGCCAAGAAGAAAGAGUUGGAGAUCAACCACGCGCGUGGUGAGCAGUGGAAGAAGACGGCAUUCUUCCAACAGUAUGCACAGGAACGCCAUGAACGCCGGUCGCGACGAACAAUCACGGCCAUCGACACUGAGCGACACAUUCAGAAACUACGAGUGCGGAAGGCUCUCUCCGCGCAGGAGAUUUACUCUAUUUUCAAGGACUUCAACACUUGCAUCACUACCGAUGUGCAAAUUCUUGAGCUCCUCACCUACUUGCCAGAAAAUCAAGGUGGAUUGUAUCCCAUCGCCGUCAGCCUCGUGCAUCCUUCAGAGAAUGUGCGACGUGCAACCGCCGAGCUUUUCCAUCGUAUUUCACGCAUCGAGGCGGGCCGGGAGCUGAUCAAUAAUCUGAAUGACUUUUUGCGGACUGCGUACGAGCGUAGCAAGGCGCUAUUGCGGUAGUCACUCAACAGUCGCUUCUCGCUGCAUCCCGCCGUCAGUGUCGAUUUUGUGCAGGCUUGUGCGUUUCUAGUACUUUGUUUAUAUGCGUCAGGUGGAUCAUCUCGAGUACAUUGCGUAGCUGAGUUCUUGAUGAAUGAAAGCAUUCCACUUUUUCCCAGUGAAGUCUGUGGAGAUGCGAGACGCCCUCCUUUGUCGAGUACAUACGUGUUUCACCCA